CUCAUCCCAUCAUCAACUAAUUCACAAUCUCACAUAAGUACUUAGCCACCUUUCAUUCCCCCUCAUCACUCGAUCACUCUCUUCUUUCAUUUUUUUUCUUUCUCCUUUUCACUUAAAAAAAUGGCUUCUGUUGAGGUUGAAUCAGUUCCAGCACCAAUCACAGAGAGUGUUAAAACAGAGGUUGAGGUGAGCCCCGCCGUCGUGGAACCCACGGAAGCGGUGGAAGCGGCUCCACCAGCCGCCGCCGAGCCGGAGCCCGUGGCGGAAAAGCCAGCGGAAGAAACACCACUGCCCGAAGCGGAAGUGGAAGCCGAGCCGGUGGUGGAAGCAGAGGAGAAAACAGAGGAGCCGGCGGCCGUCGAGGAAGUCAAGGAAGAAGCCGCGGCGGCGGAGGAAACUCCGGCGGUGGUUGAAGCCAAGAGUGAAGAAGUGGAAAAAGAAGCUCCGGCUCCUCCGGCAGCCGAGGAAGCCGCCCCUGCCGCCGUGAAAGAGGUUGUGGAGGAAGCCGCCGCCGCCGGGAGUGAAGUUCCCGCGGAGAAGGCUGAAGAGUGAAAUGGGAUGAUCGAUGGGUGGGGUGUUGGGUUGGUGGGGGCAUUUUAGACUUUUCAUGUCUUAAGGUGGGGUUAAUCGUUUAUUUUUAUUUUAUUUCGAUGCUAAGUUUUUUUAAUCUUUUUAUUACUACUACCCAUUAGAGUGAAGGAUGAUUUGUAAUGCCUAUCACUCCUUGGAUGGUGGUUUGUUGUGGUUUGACUAUAUUGUCCUUGUUCUUGAUGGAGCUUUGGCAUUCAAUAAAGUUAUCUCUUUUUU